AUGUCGAGCGACAACAAAGAUCGAGCCAUGCAAAGAAAGUCGAACGUCGGAGUCGUUGUAAUUGGCAGGAUGGGCCAGAAGCAUGCGUUGAACAUUCUGCAUUUGGUGCCACGAGCCACACUCUUUUGCGCCUGCAACAAGUACCUGAAGUCUUAUAAUGUCCGUGUGGUUGCUACUUUCGAGGAGCUCAUCGAUACGCCUGGUUUGGAUGCAGUCAUCGUCGCUUCUAGCACUGAAUUGCACGCCAGGCACACGACAGCGGCCCUUGACCGAAAUAUCCACGUGCUCUGUGAAAAGCCAGUGUGCAAAACCGUCGAAGAGCUCGUCCAGCUGGUCAAAAGAACCGAGGCCAAUCCCCGAGCGAAGUUGAUGGUUGGAUUCGUACGUCGCUUUGACCAAAACUACCAAGACGCACUUGAAAAAGUCAAGGCCGGUGCAAUCGGUCGCCCUAUGAUAAUUAGAUCUCAAAGCUGCGAGAAGUUAGACACAAGCCCGUUCUACCAACAAUACUUAGAAGCUUCUGGUGGUAUCUUUAUUGACAGCAUCAUUCAUGAUAUUGACCUUGCGCUUCUCUUUUUCGGCGAAGACCCCAAGCCCAAGUCCGCGUCUGCCGCAGGAGUCGCGGCAGUCCAUACCAAGAGAGCGGAAGAGGGGGACGCCGACAACGCUGUCGGGAUCUGCGAGUUCUGGGACGGCAAGAUCGCCUAUUUUUACAACUCAAGAACUGCAGCGCAUGGCUAUGACAAUGCCACUGAGAUUUUUGGGACAGCUGGGAAAAUAUCCAUCAAUAUGAUCCCGAGAAAGAACGCCGUCGAGCUCUGUGAUGGGGACGGCUUUGUAAAGGUCCAGCCCACACCUGGCUGGUACGAUCGUUACGCACCAGCAUUUGUGGAAGAGGCGAAGGCCUGGGUGGAUGCGCUGCUAGACGGCAAGCCCAUGCCGAUACCUCUGGGGUCAUCCUUGCGGUCUCUUGAAAUUGCCACUGCAUUGCAGGAGAGCCUGAGAACCGGGAACAAAAUAUUUUUCCCGAGGGAGGGGGCCAUUAGGCGAGAGACAGCAUUACUCUAG